AUGGAGCGCCGAGGGCGGUGCAUCGAAUUUCGCCUCUCGGCAUUCGUAGAUGAGCUCCGGACCCGCCGUUGUCUGGAUGUACUGUGCGUGGAGUGUGGUGUACACAAGGCGUUCGCUACAGGUGCUAAUAAGAUGGAAACCCAGAUUCAGUUAGAUGCGCGAUGCACUCAGGCGCCGCGGAAUGAUGAAACUGGCGCUCCACGGCCAAUUGGCCCAGCGGCGGCUCGAGAUGCAGAAAUGAGUCCAGCCGAGUGGCCAGCCAAAGUUCACAGUCAGGUCCAGCCUUGUGGCGGGGGUUUCCGCCCGCAGGCCUUUGACUGGCUGGUGUGGAGAGUAAAACAUGUCGAGACCUCCGGACCUCGCGGCAGACCGUCGGUCGUAUUUCGCUGUAUCCCGAUACGGAUCCUCCGACGUCGAAAACAGUGGCAAGGGUGGUACCAGAUGAGGUACGAAGUGCGCAAGAACCCAGAGGUGGCUGGGCAGAACCCCACACGUUUUACACAGUAUCCAGGACGGAUGGCAAACAUUGGUAGGGAGGUGCCAGAGUACGAGUGUAUUCUCAUCGAUGAAGCUCUCUGCGGCCUGCUCGGCCCCUGCACGGCUCGGCAUGCGGGUUGUGAGCGUCUCAUUUCCAUGGCGCCUGUGAGGUAUCAUUGGGUUGUUCCAUCAACCGCCAUGUGCGCCGACAGGUGGUGCAUCACGAAAGGGUGA